AAAUUCUAAUAUUAUUGUCAAUAUUACUUGUUUCAAUAUCAAUUAUUCAUCAAUAUAUUAAAUAAAAUACAGUUGAAAAGACUAAUAUUUAUGUAGCAUGAACUCCUACCAAACAAAAAACUAGUUACAUAUCUAAUUAUUUUGGUGGCCUAAGCUAACUGAUCUGAGCAUUCUGAGUCCCUCGACAAUGCUGGACUGUUGUUGCUGUUGUUGCUGCUGUUACAUAGAUGCUGGUACAAUCUGCAAACAUAACCAAUAUCAAAGUGAAAAUGUUAUCAACCCCAAUAGCUAUAAGUUUGCUGCAGAGAUACAGUGAAGCGAACUUACAAAAGAAAUGCAUAUGAGACCAAAUAACUAAAUAUCAUAAGCUUCUCAUCUUCUAAGAACACAAUAGUACUGCAUUACACAGUAGGAUUGCUACCUGUAACAAUUACCAAAUUUUUUGCAGAGCAUUAUAGCUUACAAAGAUUUCUGUACCAAAGAGCAAAAGCAAUCAGAAUUCAGAAACCACAAAAAAUGCAGCGGCUUCAAGGACACAUUUUUAUAAGUUUCAAAUCUAGGCUUGGUAACACAAAUCAGUCAUGAAACUGUAGUUCAAGUAAAAGUGAGACUCAACAAACUACAGAUACACAAUCCCAAAAACUAGCAGCCACUGAAUCAUCCCAAAAAUCAGUUGUGAAACUAUAAUUUAAGUAGUGGCAUGGUUUAUCAUUAGAACCACAACUCACAAAUAGUUUAUCAUAAGAACCACAACCGACGAUAGAUCCAUGAAUGCUGAAAGAAUGCACAUUUUUAUUAUCUUACAAACCAGAAUAAUUUUCUUACUUCCCACUAAUACAAAAAUUACAUAUAGUUAUAAGGUUGAACAACUUUCAAUUACAACUUUCUUAAGUUUCACUGGUGGAAAGAGCUACAAAGCUGACACCUGCAACACAAAGAAGGGAACAGUAGAAAGAAGAUGAUCAUGUUUCAACUAAAAUGCAGUACUUAGUUUCAAGACUAGCUAGGACUUACGUUUAUUCGCAGAAAUGAGCGUGUGAACAAGUUAAAUUAAGCAUCAAAGCACAUAAGACAAAACACUAGUUGGUAAUCUUUUCAAGUAAGAAUGUCAAUUGUCAUAGUCAAAUCAAUCCAUAGUUGUAAUGCUCAAACGCCAUUACAAGAAAGUUCCAGAUAUCAAAUUAAACAGAAAAGUAAUAAAAAUACUACAUAUCUAAGAGCUUGGAUAGUAACUUGUACCAUUGCAACUUUUUCAGUGAGCGAUUAGAUAAGUACAUGCAGUGCAGUAUUAAUCUGAACAAGAAAACAAAAAGAAAGAAGCUUGAAUCAAUUACCAGCAAAACAGAGCAAUCAGUAAUGCAUCUCAAUUACUGCCAAUUGAGAAAUCAUAAAAGGAGUUGGUCAUCUAUUCUUACUUGGCUGUCUGUCUAGGAUGGAUUAACUAGAGUUUAUUACUGAUUUACAAAGAUGACUUAUGCUACGCCGUAGUUAUAAAGGUUACCCUAGCCAUUUUCCUUCUUCACUAUGUUGGAACAGGCAUUGGUUUAGUGAUUUGUUCUCGUGGGGUUACCUAGCUACAAGAAACCAAUAGACAAAACAUUACAAUUACACCAAACGACCAUUUUCAGUAUAAGAAAAAGCAUUACCUUAGGUUGUUCUCUACUAGUGAAAGCAAAAGGUAAUUUGCAAAAUAACAAAAGAAAAACAAGCAUGAUAUUGAUAUCGAUUAUAUGUGUCCUGCAAAAUAAAAGGAGGAAAAACAAGCUUGAUAUUCAAACCCUAAACUUUAUAGCUGCGCCACGACAAAGAAAACGCAGAAGCUUGAUUAUACCUACUGGCAUUGGUGGAAAAUCUCCAUCCAAACACCUAAUGGAAACCCUUCGGGUGCAAAUAAUGUUGAUUGUUGUUACCUACAAGAGCUCUCACAAUUGGUGCUACCCAUGUACUGCUACUCUGGGGGAAGAUAGACCAUAAAAGCAACUGGUGCUAUCAUUGGCCACAUCAAUGCAGCAUAUCCAGAGGAAAAGGCCCCCGGGUUGAACCAAGCACAAGAGACAUAGGCCACCAUUUUGAGGCCACCAAGUAAUCAAUUAGAACUAUAAUAAGCGAAACACUUUUUGUGGCCACUAAUUAAUCAAUCCCAAACUUCUAAAAACAGUUAAGGGUUGAAGGCAUCGCACCAAACGGAGAGAGGGUUUUGGGGAUGGUGAUGAGCAACGGUGGUGGUGAGAGACCUGAAGUCAGCUUGAAGCGGCGAGGAGGUGCGGGCGGUUUGCUGGGUCCAAAAGAGGGGUGGACAGAACCCUUCCUCUGCUUGAAAGGCCUCCAAGAAAAUCAACCCCCUAGGUUGCGGUAACUGGAAAGGUUCAGAGCAUGUAGAGAGGUGAAGCACGCCAGGAUGGACGGUGACGAAGAAGCGAACUGACGGGCGGGAACAAGGAAAGAUCUGGAGAGGGAUAUCGGGAAAAUUUAAGAUCUGAAGAGGUAGAAACUAGAGAUGGUGGCUGGGGAGCCGAGGAUUGCGUGUCAAAUUAGAGUCGCCUGAAAUGGAGUGCGGUAGUGAAAGGGUAAGAGGGUUUCUAAAGAGAUAGGCAAUCGACGAUUGAGAAGAGGCCGAAGCGAUGGCGAGAACAAACAAAGUGGUGGCCGAUGGGGAAUCGACAGGGGAGAAGGGGAGGAAACAAAACUAAACUGAUCGAUUUAUUUUUUUUCUUUUUGAAAUAGAGUUUGCUUUGAUUGUAGAGGCAACCAUUAAUUGUUUCAUUUUUGGGGGAAAUUGUGAAACUGAAAAGGAAAGAAGGCACGUCAAUUUGGGGAAGUUUUGGAGCCAAACAAAAUUUGACGGCCAAAAGUCCAAAAAGUAUUCCCUCCAAAGAGAAUUUUGGAGGCAAAUGAAAUUUUCCCUCUUCAAAUUUGGGGAAAGUUUUUUCAAGUCUACAUUGUUCACGGAAACAAAAAUUAAUCACGGGAAAUAAAAAUUAGAAAAUAAACAAAUUAAUUCCCGUGACAAUAAAUAUAUAAUUAAUUACGGUAAAUUUUCCUGUGAUGGUUAGUAUACUUCUUAGUAUGGUAACAGUUCCCGUGAAUAAGAUUCUGUGACUGAAAACUAAUUUUCCUGUAGUGUAACUCAUUUCUACACACUAUAUUUUUAUGUUUUACCAUGUAUUGUUGAUGAAAGUUUAGAAAUGAGAGGUAGAUGUGAUGGAAUUUGGUUCAUAAACUUGUGAUUCUAGCGGGGACGGAGCCAGCUUGUUGGCAAGGGUCCCCCGAUUUAAAAAUCUUUGUAAAUUGCAUGUAGACAAAUGAUGAUCGAGGUUGCAGACUAAGUGGUAAGUAUGUUGACUUAACCUACACAAAUCUGAGCGGGAGGUCAGCAGUUCCACCUGCAGUCAUGUUAAUUGUUUUGAAUGUUUGACAUAUAUAAACUUAAUUUUUAUAAAUACAUCUAAAAACAUCAUAACUCUUUGAAAAAUGAAUUCUUCAUUACAUUUUAGUAAAAAGAAACAUAUUACUCUAAUCCAUAAACAUAUUAGUGACUUGGAUUUUAGAGAUCAAAAGCGUAAAUUGGUUAAUUAUUCGUUGAAAUAAAUCUGUAAACAAAAUUCCAUAAAUUGGUUAUUUAUUGAGUUUUUAAGAAUUUACAUGCGCAUUUUUUAAUUAUGUCAUUGGGGGUGGGGGGGGGGGGGCGAAUUCAGCCCCUAAAUUCAAAUCCUGGCUCCGUCCCUGGAUUCUUGGUGAGUGAGAGAUAUUAUGCUACGUUUAUAUCUAACGCUCAGGAAUGCCUAAGUGAUGCCUAAGCAUGCUAGGAGCGAGAUAGAGUCUGAAUGCUCACCUUAUGCCUCAUGCUUUCUUGAACCUUGGGCAUGACUAAACACAUUUAUAAAAGUUUUGAGUGUUU